UAGAGGCUAGUGCUACACCACUGUGUUGUGCAGGAACAGGCACGGCAUAGCUGAAAACCGCCAGCGGAACAAAUGAAAACGAAAAUUACACUCUUUCAUGUGGAUUAAUUCAAGGGCGAGACACCCAGUCGAAGCGAGCACCUCUUAGAGGGAAUUUGGACCGACUGACGAAGGAUUGGGACAUUAGCUACUGUGCGAUAACACCGCCGAAUGGUUUCUCCUGCCCCGCCGCUAAGGUUAAUGGCCAAGAGAAACAGCUAAUAAUGCGCAGCAUCCGCUCCACAGCCAUUCCCACUUCCUGCCUGUAGAGGAAGCGGCUGUGCCAGCAUGUCCUCUCAUCCCCAGUCUGUGCCGCCGGCCCGGAGGAAUGUGGACACCAGGCACCUCCCAAACCCUGCGAGUCUACCCCUGCAGCUGCAGCGGGCUCACACGGAGGUGGGACUAGUCGACUACCACUCUCAUCAUGCCAGGGACUACAGCUCCCACCUGUCCCAGCCCCAUCGCCGUCGGCCCUCCUUACUUUCGGAGUUCCAGCCUGGAAAUGAGAGAGGACAAGAGCAGCAUAUUCGCUAUGAGCACAUCUACCUGCCGGAGCCUAGCAGCCAAUCAGAGGUGGAGUAUGCAGAGAUCAAACGACCUCGCUUGGAGAUGGGACCAGAAUCUCUGAUGAGGCCUUCAUCCCACCGUCAACAAUUACCCAUGGGAGGGGCUGAGGAUAUGUCAAAGGACCGCGGCAGCUCCAUGGGGAAGCUGGAGCCCAUCUCCCCUGUGAGCCCGGUCCAUAUGGACCCUGAUUUGGAUCUGGUGCCAGCUCGGUUCUCCAAGGAGGAGCUGAUCCAGAACAUGGACCGCGUGGACAGGGAGAUCACCAUGGUGGAGCAGCAGAUCUGCAAGCUUCGCAAGAAACAGCAACAGCUGGAGGAGGAGGCUGCGAAGCCACACGAGCCAGAGCGGCCGAUCUCACCGCCACCCAGCGAGGCCAAGCACCGCAGCCUGGUGCAGAUCAUCUACGAUGAGAACAGGAAAAAGGCAGAAGAGGCUCACAGGAUACUGGAGGGACUGGGACCCAGGGUGGAACUGCCUCUGUACAAUCAGCCUUCUGAUACCAAGCAGUACCAUGAGAACAUCAAAAUAAACCAGGCGAUGAGGAAGAAGCUCAUCUUGUACUUCAAGCGGAGAAAUCAUGCUCGUAAGCAGUGGGAACAGAAAUUUUGCCAGCGCUAUGACCAGCUGAUGGAAGCCUGGGAGAAGAAGGUGGAUCGUAUCGAAAGCAACCCACGGCGCCGAGCCAAGGAGAGCAAGGUGCGCGAGUACUACGAGAAACAGUUCCCAGAGAUCCGCAAGCAAAGAGAGCUCCAGGAGCGCAUGCAGAGCCGUGUUGGGCAGAGAGGAGGCGGGCUGACCUCGUCUGCAGCUCGCAGUGAGCACGAGGUCUCCGAGAUCAUCGAUGGAAUAUCUGAGCAUGAGAACACAGAGAAGCAAAUGCGGCAGCUGGCCGUCAUCCCUCCCAUGCUGUUUGAUGCCGAGCAGCAGCGCAUCAAGUUCAUCAACAUGAACGGACUGAUGGAUGACCCCAUGAAGGUGUACAAGGACCGGCAGGUUAUGAACAUGUGGAGCGAGCAGGAGAAGGACACUUUCAGAGAGAAGUUCAUCCAGCAUCCCAAAAACUUUGGUCUGAUUGCGUCUUUUCUGGAGAGAAAGACGGUGGCUGAGUGUGUGCUCUUUUACUACCUGACCAAAAAGAAUGAGAACUAUAAGAACAUAGUGCGGAGGAACUACAGACGCCGAGGAAGAAGCCAGUUACCUGGGAUUAUCUGUGUAACUGAGGGCCUUGUUGUUUCCUCCUCCCCCUCGACGCAGCACGGCCAGCAGCAGCAGCAACAGCAGCAACAAGUGCACCGGGGCAGCCAGGAAGACAAGGAGAAGGAGGAGAAAGAGAAGGAGGGGGAGAGGGAUGAAGAAAAAAAUGAAGCUGAAGACAAGGAAGAUGGAAUGAAGGACGACACCUCUGGAGAAGAUGCAGAGGACAAAGAGCCAACUGUGGCGUUCAAGGGUCGACGCACAGCCAACAGCCAGGGGCGCCGCAAGGGCCGCAUCACCCGCUCCAUGACCAGUGAAGUGGAGGAGACGACCACGCCGCCACUCAACAACGAACUUGCCAAUCUGGAAAUGAAUGAGAGCUCUCGCUGGACUGAAGAAGAAAUGGAAACUGCCAAAAAAGGCCUUCUCCAGUAUGGUAGGAAUUGGUCUGCCAUCGCCAAGAUGGUGGGGUCAAAAACCGUGUCACAGUGCAAGAACUUCUACUUCAACUACAAGAAGAGGCAGAAACUGGAUGAGAUUCUGCAGCAGCAUAAAAUGAAAUCGGAGAAAGAGCGAAAGGCCCGCCGUAGGGGCAAAGCCCUGCAGAAUGAGGAGACCAGCGCCCCGUACACAGCAGAGGAGGAGGAGAUGGAGGGCUCAGGAGCCAGUGGCAUCGAAGAGGAGGCCCCUGAAGAUGGAGAAGGUGGUGCCAACAACAGCUCUGACACGGAGAGUUUGCCCUCGCCACACUCAUCAGAGGACAGCAAGGCUAAAGAGGAAGGCUCGAGCAGGUCAAAGUCCAGCUCCAACGCCGGGGACAAGGAGGCGUCCGGGUCAGACAUGGGCCAGGCAGGGGACGAGAAACCUCCUGUCAAGGAAGAUGCAGAAUCGGCCAUCAAGCAGGAGAUAAAGACUGAGACAGGGGAGAGCAACAAGGAACUAACACCACCCAGCGAUGCCAUAGAUAAAAAACCUCCUACUGCAGAGACGGAGGAAGUGAAGAGCUCCUCUAAGAGCUCCAAGAAGGACCAUGGGCCUAAAAUGGGUUCCCAUGGGGACAGUGACUCGAGUGCCACUUGCAGCGCUGAUGAAGUGGAGGAGACAGACAACCCAGACAAGAACAGAAUCACUUCUCCACGGCCAAGUCUACUGAACUACUCUCAUGACGGAGUGAUCUCCUCCCCCCUGCAGAAGCCCAUGGACCUGAAGCAGCUCAAGCAGAGGGCUGCUGCCAUACCCCCCAUUAUGCCAGAAGCCUCCUUGCAGGGCGGUCAGCGGAGUGGAGGUGGCAAGUCAGUGCUGCCCCCCCACGCCCUGGCAUUGUACCAACAGCAAAUCACCAUGGCUCACGGAGAGUCCUCUCAGGAGGUCAAAAUGCAGCAGCAGCAGCUCUCUGGCCAGCCCGGCAAACAGCAGCUGUACACCAUGCAGUCGGAGAGAGACAGAGAGGCUCUUCACAGCAGCAGUCCUCGCCUUCGCCCGCGCAGCCCCUCCACCAGCGACAAGGAUGAGCUGGAAGGCAACGAGAGGUGGUUACUGACCCUCCUGCAGGGAUUAAAAAAAUCCCGGGCUUUCUCUCCGCACGGUGAAGCUAAGAAGCAGGGGCUGGGCCCCGACGACCUGAGGACCUCCAACUUGGGUCGCCCGGUUCUUUCCCCCUAUCCCAUGUCCCCACGAGAUAUGGCCAAGAUCAGUCACGACCAGCACCUGCUCCACUUCAACUCGUUCCAGCAAACAGGCCACCCCUCACUGUCUAAUCUGCCACAGGACAGUGGAAGGCUAGCAGCAGUGAGACCCCUCACGAUGCCUGAUCCCCCACCUCUUAUUUCCUCCACCAAGCCAGGAGGCUCAAUCACACAGGGCACUCCAGUGCAGCUGCACAGCCCUGCUCAUGGGCUGGACCAUGGGAAAAUGACCCCCACACAGAUGGGGUUGUCUUGGAUGGAUCAAAGGAAAGUGGGCGGUCCUUUCCCCGUGAUAAAGCAGGAACAGUUGUCUCCUCGCAGCUCUUCCUCUCAAGCUGACAACAUGUCAACCCAGGGGUCGCCUCAUGAUGGUGCCUCUGGACGUGGUUCUAUUCCAGCUGUGCAGGGUGGUAGUAUCACUAAGGGGAUCCCAGGGACCAGAAUGCAUCAAGAUUCUCCAAUCUCCUACCGAGGGGGAUCCAUUACUCAGGGGACACCGGCUGAUGUGUUGUAUAAGGGAACCAUAACCCGUCUGAUCACUGAGGACAGCGCCAGCCGAGCUGAGAGGGAACGGGAUGAGGCGCUAUCUAAAGGCCAUGUGGUCUACGAGGGCAUCAGCGCACACAUCCUCACAUAUGACCGCCCACCUUCUCAGAGCUCUAAAGAUGAAGGCAGAGGCCCUGGGCAAUCUGCAGAAAUUCUUGGUCUGAAGCGUCCUUAUGACAUCAUGGAGGGAGGCAUCUCCAGAGGACUGCCGAUGAGGGAUUCACUGUCUGCUGCCAACUGUGAAGGUCUGAUUGGUCGAGCCAUGCCUCAUGACCGGGACAGUCCGCACCACACACCUUACAAAGACGCUCAUCACAUCCGUGGCUCCAUCUCACAAGGUAUACCUCGCCAUCUAGACUCUCAGGAUGGCUACCUGAGGAGAGAUGCUAAGCAGAUGAAGAGAGAGAACUCCCCACCCCGUGGGCCAGGGUCUCUUUCAGACCCGAUGAAGGGCAGAGAUGCCAUGGUGCCGACGGUGAAGGAGGCAGGGCGUUCUAUCCAUCUCAUUCCCAGGGAGGAGCUCAGACAGCCUGGCAAGGAGGGCAUCAUAGCACAGGGAACACCCAUGAAGCAGGAGCCAUCUGGUUCAGGGAAACGUCAUGAUGUCCGCUCCAUCAUAGCCAGCUCACCGCGUUCCUACCACAACCCAGCCUCACACAUGGACAUGCGGACUGAGAGGGGCCGCUACGAAGAUGCACCAAAAGGCCGGCCCAGCGCCGUUGUCAGUACAGCUAGCAGUAUCGCCCGCUCCUCUCCUCUUACACUGGGGUCGGAGCAGGGAGGCAAGUCCCACCAUAGUCCAGGGGGCUAUGAGGACAAAGCCGCCUUAAGGGCCCCUUACCCCGGGCCUUCUCAUCGUGGCUCCCCUCUGUCCAGGGAGGCUAGCCAAAGGCAGCAUGAUGGUUCAAGUAAGAAUCCGCCUCAGGAGCGCAAGUCCACACCGACCCCCAGAGAGAUGAACGCCACCAAAUCCCCGCUCCAAGGUGUUCCAGACCAGCAGACCUACGAGCGCCUGCUGCAGGGUCUAGGGGCUGCAGAAGUGUACCGUCAAAUCCCCAUAGCCUUCGAUCCUUCGUCGCUGCCCCGGGGCAUCCCCAUUGAUCCAGCCGCCUACUACUUGCCUCGCCACCUAGCGCCCAACCCAGCGUACCCGCAUCCCUACCCCUACCUCAUCCGUGGCUUUCCCGACACCGCGGCCCUGGAGAACCGCCAGACGUUGCUCAAUGACUACAUCACCUCGCAGCAGAUGCACCAGUGGCCUGCAGCUGCUGCCAUGGCUGCCCAGCGCUCUGACCUGCUGAGGGGCCUUACUCCACGCGACCAGCCCCUUACCAUGCCCUACUCUGGAGGCCCCCGUGGAAUCAUCGAUCUUUCUCAGGUGCCACACUUACCUGUCCUGGUCCCUCCCUCUGCAGGGGCCGCCGGCUCCCCAAUGGAUCGCAUCACCUACAUCCCAGGGGGAACCGCCACCUUCCCUGGCAGGCCUUACACCACCUCCCCCAUCUCUCCCGUUGGCUCCUCGCACAUGAACAAGAUGCAAGGCCCGUCUUCAGAACGCGAGCGAGACCGUGAGCGCGACAGAGAGAGGGAGAGGGACCGGGAGAGAGACCGAGAGCGGGAGAGAGAGCGGGAGCGGGAACGCGACCGAGAGAGAGACAGGGAAAGAGAACGGGAGAGAGACCGCGAGAGGGAAAGGGACCGCGAGAGGGAGAGAGACAGAGAUCGAGAGCGGGACCGAGAGAAGGGCGGGUCUAUGGGGAAUGUGGAGCACGCCCCCAUCUGGAGACCAGGUACAGAGCACAGCUUGGCCAGCAGCAGCAGCAGCAGUGUGAGACCCUCCUCCCAACCGUACAGCCACCAGCACUCCCCAGUGUCCCCUCGCACCCAGGAGAACGUGCAGCAGAGGCCGAGUGUCCUGCACAACACCGGGGGCAAGAGUCUUUCUGUCAGCGAACACUCCAGCUCCUCUGUGUUUCGGUCCAUGUCCUCCGGGUCGGCCCGCUACCAAGGUUACCCUGGCCACCUCCAGAGGACAGGUGUCCCCCCUGAGGCCUACCCAACUGCCAUGGACUCGAGUGUAGCCAAAGAGCAGAGCCGCGAUGGAGGCAAGAACAGGGGUGGUCUCCCCAAGCACAUGCAGGACCAGCACGGGCCCUCCAGUAAAUCUGACCCCAAGCUGUCCAGCCCCGGCCCAGGAGGGAUGUACCCCGGUUCCUACGGCUCGCCUUCAGGUCGGCCCCACCUGCUGCCUCACCAGUCGGAUAACCCCCCUGGCCGCGGAGAAAGUGGUACACCUAGUAGGGAAAAGACUCAAAACAAAGCGAUGUCCAUUCAGGAACAAGAGCUCCGAGUACUCGGUAAGACCACCAUGACUGCGGCCAACUUCAUAAACGCGGUUAUUAUGCGUCAAAUUUCUUGUGAAACGGGGAUGGCAGAGACGGGCUCGCUUGUUGCCAGCAGCGCCACUGAUGCUCAACAGAAGAUGGAGACACACGGUCUGUACCGUCCCCCGUCUGAAGAGAGACUGUCCCCGGGCCAGCAGCCCCCGUCCCCCUGUGUUAAAGGCAGCCAGCGGGUGGUCACCCUGGCACAGCACAUCAGUGAGGUGAUCACUAAGGACUACACCAGGCAGAGCCAGCAACAGCAAAGCUACCACGGCUCUCCUGUCCUGGACCUAACCCGUCCCCCCAGUGCCUCCCAGAUGCCCCCAACCUCACAAGAGUCUAACCAGGGGUCCCGAUAUCAAGAGGCCCACUGUGGAGAACGCAACAGAGACAGGUCUCCUCCUCAGCCCAAGACUUCACCCAUUAGUCUUUCUAACGAUGGCAUUGAGCCGGUGUCUCCUGCUGGCGCCAGCUCUGAACCGGAGGUCCAGGGAGUGGCCUCCUAUUCCAGCGAGCAGGGGGAGCAAGGAAUGGGCUCCCGUUCCCCUCCUAACACGUCGCAGCCUCCGGCUUUCUUCAGCAAGUUGACCGAGAGCACCUCGGCUAUUGUGAAGUCCAAGAAGCAGGAGAUGAUCAAGAAGAUGACCGUGGUGGGAAAUGAUGGUGAUUUCAAUGCUGGUCAGCCAGGAACAGAGAUCUUCAACAUGCCGGCCUCAACCAAUGCAGGACCUGUACCUGUCCGCUCCCACCCAGCUUCAGAGCAACCCGGGAACUCGAUAGGCCUGGAGGCCAUUAUCAGAAAGGCCUUAAUGGGCAAUUAUGAUGAUCAGUCUGAGGAACGCUCUCCAUCCAACCCCUCUAACCUGAUGGGAUCGGCGGGUAUGCCUGCAGCCGACGGACGAGGAGAAGACUUCUUCUCACAAGGCGGGGGAAAGUCUUCAAAGGGCAGCGGGCGCUCUAAUGGGCGCAAGGCUAAAUCUCCAGGACCGGGUCUGUCCGGGGGGGAGAGACCCUCCUCCGUGUCCUCAGUCCAUUCUGAGGGAGACUGCAACCGGCGGACUCCUCUCACCAACCGUGUGUGGGAGGAUCGACCUUCCUCCACAGGUUCAACUCCAACUCCCUUCCCGUGUAAUCCAUUGAUAAUGCGUUUCCCCAGCGGGACAGUGUCCGCUCCCUCACCCUCCUCUGGGCAGCUGGGGGGGCAGGGCCCUGCGCCGGGGCAAGGACAGGGCCGCUCCUGGGAGGAGGAGCCCAAGCCUCUGCUCAUGUCUCAGUACGAGACCCUGUCUGACGGCGAGUGACCCGGAAACCUAUCGAACCACAAGAACCCGCUAACAGUCAACCAACUCUCCGCUGCUGCAGACACACACACACACACACACACACACACACACCUGCAAACCUCACCAUUCCACUCUGCAUUUCCUCCGCCAGUUUUCAAGCAUUGAUCGAGUCCUUCUUCUUUCACACACCUGAGAUACAAAGCAGCGAUGAGCUGAGACCCUGCUGCUCCGUGUGUGUGUGCGUGCGUGCGUGCGUGUGUUUGCACCUACGUGUUAUGCAUUCACUCCAGGACUACCCUAAAGGACAAAUCACUUAUUUUUUGUUUUCUCUUUUUUUUUAUUAUUAUUUUUUUUUUACUUACUUUACUACCUUUUCCUCACUGGCCUUAUCGAUACAGACACAUGAACCUGCACCUUCUGGGUGUUAUGCUCUGAUGUGCUGACACUUGUGUGGAAGGGACCCCGGAGUCGGGUUGUUGGCCUGCCGACAGCCCCUCUAACGACAGAUUGCAACCACAGAUCUGACCUUAAUGCCGCGGCCCCCGCAGCGAGGACCCUCUGGAGUUUCCUCAGUGUCCUCCAGGCGGCCUGUGCACUGCUACCACUACAGGAACACGUGCAAGGCGACGGGAGGAGAAUUAACAUCUCCUUUUUCUUGUUUCAGUUUGUUCUUUUGCUUCUUUAAAUUCAGUCAGUCCAGUCCUGUGUUUGGAACGUGAGCUGAGACCUUUAGUACUUUUUGAUGGUGAACUUUUGAUGGUGUCAUUUGUUGUCUAUUAUCUGCAAUGGUGUAUCUUUUUUGGGGCUGGGGUGGGGGGGACAGAGAUUGUUAUGCGGGGAGGGUCAUAUCAUUGGUUUACAGGGUAAACAUGCUGUUCAUUGCUGAUGUCGUCAUAUAUUGGGGGGGGGAAUCCUGAGGAACAGCAAAGGCCUGUUGAUCUCAGGCAAGGGGAGAGAUGAUUUGCCAGAUGGAUGGCACUGAAACAAGUGACACUUUCUCACUGUUUUUAUAUUAAUCAUGUCUGUGUUUGUUGAAAGUUUUUUGGAUAUUAAGCACUUAGUUGUCAGUCUGUUCACAAUGGCAUUUUUAAGAUUCUGUGUCCUGGGACGGGUGCAAAAUGGACUCAAAAACAGCAUAUAAAUCCCACUGUGUAGGUAUCCUUUAAUCUGUUUAUUUUGGUCUUGCCACCGAUAUUCUUUAUCGCUCCCACACUCAAAGCGACAAUCACAUUUUAGUGAACGACGACUAAGCCGCUGCGAGCCGGUGCAGACCGACCUUAAAGCUGCUUAAAGGCGAACUCCUCAGCAUCACUUGGAGUUCGCCCGCAUUAAAGAGAGGUGACAAAUAAAGCCAUCUUCCUACAACCCUUGGUCCAUGGUGGCGUCGGCUUCAGCUGGCCUGCUACGAUCCUGUCUAGGAGCUGUUGUGACAGUCUGACCUCUGACCUUUUACUGCCUAGAGGGGGAGCUGGGACCCAACUCCUCAUCCAGGCAGAUUUUGUACAGUUAUGAGAUAUUCCUAGUGUUAAGUGCCAUUUAUUUUACAUAUACAGUACUGAAGUUACCAAGUGACGCACAAUUUUUUCUUUUAACCCCCAUGACAGUUAAUACUGUCCACGCAGGGAAUUAUAAUAAAACAAAACCGCAAAGGAAAAACGUCCUCUUUUAAAAAAACAAAAACAUUUUGUGUGUAUUUUUUCUUUACUUGGAGAUCCAUCACAGCCUUAGCUUUUAACUGUUUCACACAUUAGAUUCAUCUUCAAAACGGAAGCUCAGCUGGAGCCAUGUCAUGCUUCAAGUGUACUUCAUUGCAUCUUCUCUUUGUACUGCUCAGAAGAAGUGGAGGGGGGGGGGCAUUCAAAAGCAUUCUGGUAGUUUUAUGUAACUCGAGUUGACAUGUUGUCACGGUUUACUGCAGCAUUGUAAAGGUCACCCUCUGUGCAAAUGACGUGUGAAAUGUUUUAGGCUUGUGACUUAGGGACGCACUCUGCCCUCUGACUGAAAAACUGCAGUGAUUACAGUGAGCUUGGUCAGUGGUUUAGGAAGAUUUACCUCUCCAUCGCUCGUUCAUUUUGUCACUGUUGAUUCUCACAAACAGGACUGUUAAAGGACUACCUCCUCUUCCUCCUUCAUCCCACCUGCCACACCUGCAGAAAGCUCAGCCAUGUUUAGGCCUGUUCUAUUUUUCCUUUUUCUAUCAAUACUGAAGGAGGGUUUUUAAUUUCAUCAGCCAGGCUUUGUACAUUUGGUUUCUGCUUGUAUAUCAUUUAUCCACUGAUGAAAUUUAAGAAUGUGACGGUAAACAGACUAAGCCAUAUCCAGCUGUUCCCUAAACUGAUGUCGAACUAAUACGUUGUUUUUAAAAGUAUACUGAAACAAAUUUUAACAAGCAUCCAUUUGGUUCAUUGUUCUUACAGUUUGUAUCGAUUUCCGUCACGUCACAAAUCUCAAGUAAUCUUUCGAAACGUGAAAGGACGGGAAUUCAUUCAUGAUGUGCUCCCAGGACUGUCAAAGGGGGGGUGGGGGGGAUCGACAUAAACAGUACAUUGUUCAACCAUUCUGUGCAUAAUGAUUUUUUUUAUUAUAACCCACUGUAUAAUAGCAAGGAUUGUAUAUAAAACUGAAGAGAUGUAAAUAUUUAUGUGGCUUGCUUCAAGGUUGGUAUUACAAAAAAUAAAAAAAUAAAAGAAAUAUUCACAUGGUUAAAUUCUACAUGCCCACCAGCAAGCUUUGUGGAUAGCAGUGUAAAAAUGAAAAACAAAAAAGACACUGCCUUAAUGUUUAAAUAAAAAGCUUAUUGCCAUU